AUGAACACAAAGCCACCUCUCCAAGUUCCUAACUUCAUCGGUAGUAGCACCUCAUCUAGACCAAGACCACAAAGUCCCUCACUGUGCUUUUCUACUUCUUCAUCGAAGGCCGAAAAAAAUGAACCGGUGACGUUGUGUGGCUGCCGCCGUGCACCGAGAUCGCAAUGUUUUUCCGCCAUUGGUGUGUUUAUCCUGGUGCUGGCGUACACCGCAGUCGGUUCCGUACUUUUUGUGACGCUGGAAGGAGACGCAGACGAUGGCGACAUGAUAGAGAGUUCGGUGGCAGCGUCUAAACCAUAUCCUAGACACGAUGUAGUUAGCUCAGAUAUAAGACUAAAAACUGUAGAUCGGCUGUGGUCCAUUACGGAAGACCUAAAUAUAUUAUACAAAGAAAAUUGGACACGACUUGCUGCCCAGGAAGUGCAGCAUUUUCAGGACACCAUCUUGAGAGCGGUACGGGCAUCCAGAUCGCAGCAAGUAGCCAACACUCAAAAUAACACCAAACCCUACAAGUGGACCUAUGCCUCCGCAUUUCUGUAUUCGUUGACUCUGAUCACCACUAUAGGUUACGGUGGCAUUUCUCCACGCACUCAAUGGGGCAGAAUAGCAGCACUAAUUUAUGCUUUAUUUGGCAUUCCGAUUAUCCUGCUGUAUCUCUCCGCAAUGGGUGAAGGUCUGUCCGGGGCCAUGCGCUGCCUGUUCCGACGCAUGCGACCAUCAUCACACACGUCAUCCAACAGUGCAAGCACCAGCUCCAGUCUGAGCGGUAAUUCAGCAAUAAACAGUAAAUCUUCCAGUACGGAACUACAGAAGCGAUCACAACAACAGCAAAGUAGCAGUUAUCAUCAGACGUGGACAGGAAUACAUGAUCCACAUGGAUACGGGGGAGGAAGUGUAGCUGGCCUUGGGGGAACGAAUUUAAGUGCAAGCAAUGGGGUCGCUACAAGAGGGAACGGCAGCAGUAAACAUAAUCAAUCAGUCGUACCAAUAUCAAUCUGUAUUAUGAUUCUAAUUUGUUACGUUACAUUGGGUGCUGUUCUGUUUCACAAAAUUCAACCCUGGGGUGUAUUGGAGAGUUUAUACUUCUGCUUUACCUCGCUCGGUACAAUCGGCUUUGGCGAUUUAGUGCCAACUGGGGACAUUUCCCAGUAUGCUGCCUCAGCAUACAUUGUCAUUGGCAUGGCAGUGGUAGCCAUGUGCUUCAGUCUUAUACAGACCGAACUGAUAGUAUGGUUGAAGAAAUUUGCCACUCCCGAAUCGCUCCCAUCAUCAACAGAGGAUGUAGCUCUUGUGUCGGUGGCAAUGACGCCAAUAAAAUCCUGA